AUGGGCAUAUAUAUGAACAAACCAAAUACAUAAAAAUAUACUAUUCAUGGAAAAUUGAAUAAAAUAUAAUAUGCUGUUUCAUCUAUGUAAGGAUGGAGAAACCAUAUGGAAGAUGCUCACAUAUGCCUCCCAGAUCUAACAUAAGAUGUUCAAUUAUAUGGUGUUUUGGACGGACAUGGAGGCUUCGAAGUAUCAAAAUUCGUUGAAGUAAAUUUUGCAAAGUAUUUAUUAAAAUCCAGUUCAUUCUAAAUUAAAGACUAUGAAAAUGCUUUAAAAGAAACAUUUUUGAAAAUGGAUGAACUGUUAGAAAGUAAUGAAGGUUAAAAAUAAUUAAUUGAAAUCUUAGAAUAAAAAGACAAAAAUAAAAAAAAUAGUAAUGCAGGUUGUACUGCCAAUAUAGUUUUAAUUGCAAACCAAAAUUUGUAUGUAGCAAAUGCAGGAGAUGCAAGAGCAUUAUUAUAUUCUAAUGGAUAACCUGUUAGAAUGAGCGAAGAUCAUAAACCCGAAAAUUAAUAGGAAUUAGAAAGAAUUUUAUAGGCUGGAGGAAAUGUUUAUGACGGAAGAGUGAACGGAAAUUUAAAUUUAUCAAGGGCAAUAGGUGAUUUGUAAUAUAAAAACAAUAAAAAUUUGACUGUUGAUAAAUAAUUAAUUAUUGCAGUCCCUGAUAUAAAAGUGAAAAAAAUCGAAAAAGAAGAUAAGUUUAUUAUUAUUGGAUGUGAUGGAGUUUGGGAAACUUUAAGUGAUAAAAAAAUAUGUAGAAUUUGUGACACAUAAUUAUAAAACGGAAUCGGAGCCGAAAAAAUUGUCGAAGAAUUGCUUGAUUUAAUGAUUGCUCCAGAUACUUUAAGCGGAUGUGGAUGUGAUAAUAUGACUAUUAUGUUAAUAACUCUUAAUUAAUGA